CCGCGCCCGUGCAGUGGCAGCCGCGGCCGCCUCCUGCCUGCUCGCGGGGGGAAAGAGGACGCGCGCGAGUCUGGGCGUCCCCGCCCCGCCUGCGUCGGAGCCAUGAACCCCAACUGCGCCCGGUGCGGCAAGAUCGUGUACCCCACGGAGAAGGUGAACUGUCUGGACAAGUUCUGGCAUAAAGCAUGCUUCCAUUGCGAGACGUGCAAGAUGACUUUGAACAUGAAGAACUACAAGGGCUAUGAGAAGAAGCCCUACUGCAACGCACACUACCCCAAGCAGUCUUUCACCAUGGUGGCCGACACCCCGGAAAACCUCCGCCUCAAGCAACAGAGCGAGCUCCAGAGUCAGGUGCGCUACAAGGAGGAGUUUGAGAAGAACAAGGGCAGAGGCUUCAGCGUGGUGGCAGACACCCCCGAGCUCCAGAGAAUCAAGAAGACCCAGGACCAGAUCAGUAACAUAAAAUACCACGAGGAGUUUGAGAAGAGCCGCAUGGGCCCCAGCGGGGGCGAGGGCGCGGAGCCCGAGCGCCGGGACUCCCAGGACACCAGCAGCUACCGACGGCCUCCGGAGCAGCAGCAGCAGCCGCCGCAGCCACACCACAUCCCAACCAGCACCCCUGCCUACCAGCAGCCGCAGCCGCAGCAGGUGGCCCAGUCCUACGGCUACAAGGAGCCUGCAGCCCCGGUCUCCGCCCAGCGAGGCGCCCCAGGCGGGGGUGGGAAGCGGUACCGCGCCGUGUACGACUACAGUGCCGCCGAUGAGGAUGAGGUGUCCUUCCAGGACGGGGACACCAUUGUGAACGUGCAGCAGAUCGAUGACGGCUGGAUGUACGGCACGGUGGAGCGCACCGGGGACACGGGCAUGCUGCCCGCCAACUACGUGGAGGCCAUCUGAGCCCCCGCGCCCCGCCCCCUCUGUCUGCAGCGCAUUCCACGGCAUCCAUCCGUCCCGGGGCGUGGCCCGUCCACCCUGCAGUGUCCCUGUUAGCAUCCUCGACAGCUCGUGUGCCCCACCCUCCUCCAGCUUCUUCAGCCAGCUGAAGCCUCCUGCCACAUGCGCGGGCUCCCUCCUCGGCAGGUCUUCCCCUUGACCCAUGUCUUGGUUUUUCUCUCUGGAUGGAGCAGGCCUGGAGGAGAUCUCUUGGCUCCCGGGCCUUGCCUGCCUCUCUCCUGCCCUCUCCGACCCUCCUGCCCUGCCCCUCACACCCCCAAACAUUCCAGGGAGCCCCUGACCCAGGCCCCACCAGGGCGUGGCUCCCUUGCAUUGUCUAGAGUGGGAGUCCACUUCCAUGGUGCCCACCCUGGGGCUGGGGCUCCGCCCUGUGCAGGGCCCAAGGCGGUGGGCUCUACCUCUCUGUCUCAAGGAGGGGGCUGCCGGCCCACUGAGGGUUCUCCCUCACCACCCUCCCCCUCCUCCAGGGCAACAGCAAAGGGAGUGGGGUGCUCACUUGGGGUGAGCCCACACCCCCCAACAUGUGUUCCUUUUGGCCACGUAGACCCGGGGUGAGCAGAGAGCUCCCACGGGCAGCGCCGCUGGGGCCUUUCCCUAUGUUUAGGGGCGGCCGCAGGAGGGAGGGCUGCAGGGUGUUCUGUCCGUAUUCCCACCCCUGAUCUUGGGACCCUCACUGCCUCCCUGGAGGCUGGGUCCUGCAGGUAGGGAAAGGACCCCCUGGGGGUCCUGUGGCCUGCACCCCAGCCCCAGCCCCCAGGUUCUGGGUGAGGUGGGUGGCUCCUCCCUGCUGGAGGGAGGCGGUCUCAGGGCCUUCCUGGCCGCCCCUCCCCAGCCCAGUGCCUCAUGGACUUGGAGCUGGGCCAGGCCACCGGGACCCUCCAUGUGCCCAAGGCUGCCUGUGUCUGUGCCCAGUGUAGGGGAGCGUCAGUACGUGUCCGCAGUGGGUGCCCAGGGCCCCCUCCCCCGAUCCCCAGCUCCAAGCCCACCGUGGGAGGGGAGAGACAUUGCUAACGGUUUCCUGGAGUGGAAAUUCCUGCUCUGCUCCCCUCUCUGAACGGAGGGAGCUGCCCUGCCUACUCCGGAGCGGAGCGGCCCGGCUGCGGAGCGCUGGGCAGACUCAAGGGCGGGGCGUUGCGUUGCCCUAGCUCGUUCCCAGCCUGUUGUCUCCCCCAUCUCUGUGUCCUCCCCCUCACUUACACAGAACCCCCUGGAAGCAGGGGCAGGAUUCCAGGGCUACAGAACUGGAAGCCCGGACGCUGGGGGUGAGGACGGGAAAGACGGUGCUAUCUCCACGUCCCCUCCGACUCGCGGGGGGCGGGGCAGCCCUCGCCUGGCCUGAUUCAUCUCUGGGCUUUCUCGUCGCCCCUCCAGACACCCCCCUCCCCAUGUCACCUUGAGUCUCACAGGCCACACGGCUGCCCGCCCUGCAGCUGAAGGCCGGGCGUCUUCUCGGGACUUGGUUUGGGAACAUUUGCCCAAGGAAAUGACUGGGUGAGGAGCCCUGCCCCCAACAAUCCUCUCUGCCCCCCCCUCCCCCGGUGAGGCAGGUGGGUGUCAGGUUGGCUCUUGGGGGUUGGGGAUGAGAGAGCACUGAUCCAGUCCAUUUCCUCUUGAUCUCAAAGCACAAUGGAUUUGGGGACCAAAGGACAAGGGCACCCCCUGUUGGAGGACUUGCGGGCAGGAGGGGGCCCCCCUGGGAGCAAGCAGCCGCCUGUUUUCAUUCAGCUCAAUUUUUCUUCCAAAGCAAGGCAGGCCCGCCACUGGAAUCUUGUGCCAGCCCCUCCCAUCCUAAACGUAGGGGACACCUUACACGCCCCCAGAGCGAGGAGAGGAGGGACUGUCACUGGUGCUGAGGGGCCCAGGGGCUGCCAGGAGUCCAUGUCCCUUCCCAAAACCCCCCGGGCUGGGGCUGAGCCCCUGGUUUUCUGGUGGCCUUCGCAGAGGUCUUUUAGCCAGUAGCCCCAGGACAAAAAAACACGCGUCAAAGCUAGAAUGUGAAUUCAACUUUGUGGACCAAUAAUAAAAUACAAACAGCCCCACGGCGAGUGAGAGCGUGAGAAAUGUGAAUUCUCUCAACACUGCUUCCUGCCCCCUCCCACCCCUUCAGGUACCCCAGGGAAAACUCUUGCUUCAUUUCUGCCUCCCCCCCCCCCACAUAUGCACUUUGGGGCCUUUUUUAUAGCUGGAAAAAAAAGCAAAAUGAAAUAGCACCCCCAAACCUGUAUUUAAAGGACACCGAGGUGGUGGCCGUGUGGCACUCGCCCUGUCCCGACGUUUCAUCCGUGUGUGUGACGCCACCACUCAUCUUUUUAUAUGGGGUUGUUGUCUUCCUGCGUCUGUUUCGGUCCCCUCGCUCGUGGGCUUGUGCUCGGGAUCAAAUCUCUCUGGCCUGUUAGGAUUCUGAACGUUUGACUUGAACCACAAGUGAAUCUUUCUCCUGGUGAUUCAAAUAAAAGUCUAAUUUUUACCUGC